GGUGUCUAUAUGGACAGAAAGAGGAUGCAGACACAUGCAACAUCUACCAUCAGUCUAAGAUUAAAGUGGGUUUCAAAGUUCUGGAGCUUCAUCCUGAGUGGAGAGAUAUACAGACAAUGCAAUUAUCUCUGAAAACUGGAGGUCUACAAUGAAGGACAACACAGUCAGUGUUUGCAGCCCGCUUAGAGGAUGAUGGAGAGGCAGACGGACAGACAGACUCAGAAUCAAAUGGAUGAGAGGGCAAAGAUUUUUCUGCCUGCAAGCUGGCCUUGUACAAUUCAGUCUUCCAUGGACCUCUGAAUCCAGGCACAGCUACUGAGCCGUAUGCAAAACGGGAGGAGGAGGCAAGGAAGGGAGGGUGGCUCUAGGACCUAUACGAGCCUUCCCGAGCAGGAGGUGGGAAUUUUCCUCCAAGGCAGCAGGAGCCCGAGCGCGGUCUCAGAGCUCCAGCGGAGCCCGCAGGAAGAGCCUGGCACGUCCCCUCCCCAGCCGCGCACCCGGGUGAGACCAGCCCGCACCCCGCAGAGCCAUGAACCGGCUACCACAGCUGCUGCUGUGGCUCACCACAGUGGCUGUUGUCUUCUCCUCUGGAUCACAUGAAGAAAACUCUUCUUCACCAAACCCAACUCAGAAGCUCUCCCUCGUAAAAAAUAAGAUGGUUUCAUUGCAUCAGCCUUCUACACCAGAAGUCUCUUGUAUCAUUGGCUCAAGCUGUUCAUGGGUGACGUCCACAGACAGUUUUGGAAAACCAGACUGGGUGUUAUCUUCCAUUGGUGUUCUGGCAUCCCAGGAAAGGCAGCAGAUACUUCUGGAAAACAGUUCCUCCCAUGGAGAUGUUGAAGGGGACAUUUUCCUCCUGAACACCAGUAGACUCCCAGAUAGAUGUGAGUUCAGCCUGCAAAGCCCCAUCCUGCCUGGGAGCUUGGAUUCUUGCUUGCUGGAGCUGGCCAUACAUUCACAGGACACUGUUCCUCUUCUCCAGAGAUUCACAGUUGAAAUCAGAUAUGCAGAGACAAACAAAAAUACAAUAACUUCUCUGAGAGCUGGCCAUGAGGAGAAUGCCAGGAUGAAAUGGAAACACCUGGUGGCCCAGAUUGGACGAAUAGAAAGACCUUUCAAAAUCACCCUGGUGUAUUCAAACUGUGGAGCACAGGAGGUUGGAGUACUGGCAGUGGGGUCCUUGAAACUCAGGAACUGCUUUCAUGAUAAAGAAAAUCAAGACCUUUUUGUAUAUGACAAAGGCUCAACCUUCCCCUGCUUUCAUGGAGGCUGUGUCAGCCACCUACAGAUCUGUGAGUUCAUCAGUGAUUGCCCUACCAAAGAGGAAGGAGUGAGGUGUGACAAUCUCCCAGAGGGUUCACACUGCUCUUUUGAAGAAGGUCUGUGUGGCUGGACACUGAAUGAAACUGCAGCAUCUCCUUGGUCUAUUCGGGGCUUUUCCAAAAUGAUUCAAGAAAACUCAUUUGUAGGGUCUACUUUGCAAGCCACUGGUGGACACUUCCUCUACCUGCGAGCAGACAGCACUCAGACAAGUGGUACGGCUAAGGCUUACAGUACCAGCUUGCCAGCCAGUCUUGCCACAGAAGACUACCAGAUUCAAUUUUCAGUGCAUGUUUUUGGAAGCUACAAUGGUACAGUCUCCUUCUCUCUCAGAGAAGAGAUAAAGGGAGCUCCAGUCACCUUGCCAAUGUGGGAAAGGGCAGGGAGCUGGAGCGACCACUGGUUUCUCAUCACCUUACCAAUGCCAGUGCUUCAGAACCGGUUUCAACUGGAACUCCUGGCAACCUGGGGCUGGAAUUCCCAAGCUGACAUUGCUGUCGACAACAUUACAUUUGGCCUGGACUGCUUCACUGACGGAAGACAACCAAAUCAUUUUGGUGGAAAACGCCAGUACCCACGUGAGAUUAGUAUCCUGGAUGAACAUCUUCUGAACCCCCUGGAAGAGCCCUCCCUCCCAGGGGACACAACUGUUGUUCUCUGGUGGUUCUCAACAUGUGGUGCCAGUGGUCCCCAUGGGCCGACUCAAGCUCAGUGUGACAGUGCCUACAAGAACAGCAAUGUGUCAGUGACUGUGGAGAAGGAGGGCAGGCUCCGGGGAGUGCAAGUCUGGAGAGUGCCAGCCACAAACAGAUACAGGAUUUCUGCCUAUGGAGCAGCCGGGGGGAAGGGAGCCAAAAACCACAAUAAGAGGUCCCACGGGGUCUUCAUCUCAGCCACCUUCCACCUGGAGAAAGAUGAGCUGCUGUACAUCUUAGUGGGGCAGCAGGGGGAGGAUGCCUGCCCUGGGGGCAAUCCUGAAACUCAGAAGAUCUGCUUAGGAGAGUCAUCUCUCAUUGAAGAAGAUUACAAAAAAAAAAGGGACCUAAAGGAAUGGGCUGGAGGAGGUGGGGGUGGAGGAGGAGCAACCUACAUCUUUAGACAGAAGGAUGGCAUUUUCGAACCUUUGCUCAUCGCAGCAGGAGGAGGAGGAAAGGCCUACCUGAAGGCUCAGGACAACUCCCUGGAUGAUGUACCCCUGGAGCAAUAUGAGAACAGCACCUCGGUACCUGGAGUCAGUGGGAGGACUGGGGCAGCAGGUGGAGGUGGUGGCUGGCAAGAUGAGAGUCUGCUUCCUCAGGCUGGGAAGUCCCUUCUGGAAGGUGGAGAAGGAGGUCAAGCCUGCCCCCAAGCACUAGCCAAGCUCCAAUGGACCACCUCUGGUGGUUUUGGUGGAGGAGGAGGAGCUUGUACUUCUGGGGGAGGAGGCGGAGGGUACAGAGGGGGACAUGCCUCUGAUAGUGAUGAUCUCACAACUGGUGGGCAGGAUGGCAUCUCUUUUGUGAACCCCAUAGGAGAGAUCUUCUUGCAUCCCUUGGCAGCCAUGGAGAGUCAUGGUGAGGUGGAGGUUCAGAUCUAUCUUAACUGCAGCCACUGCCACUCAGACAACUGCAAGCGGGACCCUGACACCAACCUGCCAGUGUGCCAGUGUGAGAUGGGGGCUGUGCUGGCCAACGACAAUGUCACCUGCACUGUGCCCCAGGGUCCUAUACCAGAGGGACAGCUGCCUCUCCCCCUCCUCUUAGCUGUGGUGUCUGUGAUUGUGGUGCUUGGGAUGAUCCUCACUUGUGGCAGCCUGUCUAUCAUUUAUCACCUGAAGAAGCAGCAGCUGGAAGGAUCCAGAGCACGACUGCAGAGCCCAGAAUACAAACUGAGCAAAAUCCGCACAUCUGUCAUCAUGACUGAUUACAACCCCAACUACUGCUUUGCAGGGAAGGCUGCCACUCUGAGCGAGCUGAAGGAGAUCCCACGGAAGAACAUCUCUCUGCUUCGGGCGCUAGGACAUGGUGCAUUUGGUGAGGUUUAUGAAGGAACUGUGGUAGGCAUUGCAGGAGACCCCAACCCUCUACAAGUGGCUAUCAAGACCCUGCCAGAAGUCUGCUCUGAGCAGGAUGAGAUGGAUUUCCUGAUGGAAGCAUUGAUUAUCAGUAAGUUCAAUCACCAAAAUAUUGUGCAGUGCAUUGGUGUCAGCCUACAGACACUGCCUCGCUUCAUUCUGCUGGAACUCAUGGCUGGAGGAGACAUGAAGAGCUUCCUUCGGCAGAACCGACCCAGGAUGAAUCAGCCGUCCACACUAACAAUGCAGGACCUGCUGAAUAUAGCUAGAGAUAUUGCCUGCGGCUGUAAAUAUCUGGAAGAGAAUCAUUUCAUCCACAGAGAUAUAGCUGCAAGGAAUUGCCUUUUGACCUGUAGUGGAGCAGGACGAAUAGCCAAAAUUGGUGACUUUGGAAUGGCCAGGGAUAUUUACAGAGCAAGUUACUACCGCAAGGGAGGAAGAGCCAUGCUUCCUGUCAAGUGGAUGCCACCAGAAGCUUUUCUAGAGGGCAUUUUCACCUCCAAGACUGAUACCUGGUCCUUUGGAGUGCUGCUUUGGGAGAUUUUCUCUCUAGGCUACAUGCCCUACCCUUGCAAAACCAAUCAGGAAGUGCUGGAAUUUGUCACCAGUGGAGGAAGAAUGGAUCCACCAAAAAACUGUCCAGGGCCAGUGUACCGGAUCAUGACACAGUGCUGGCAGCACAGUCCAGAGUAUCGGCCAAACUUCUCUACCAUCCUGGAAAGGAUCAAGUAUUGCACCCAGGACCCUGAUGUGAUCAACACUGAGCUGCCCAUGGAGUGUAGCCCUGCACCAGAGGACGAAGGGAGUAUGGUCAUGCGCCCAAACAUCUCCAGUGGGAUAGUGCCACUGCUGGUAAGCCCUUCUCUCACCCCUCAGACAACACCUAAGACACUGGAAUCUCACCAUGCUGGGCACAAACUUGUACAAUGUCCACAAGAGCUACUGGUGGAGAACCUGAGCAACCGGACUGCCCGAGGGCCCAGCCUGCCAUGCCUCAGUGAUUUCAACAGUGGGUCGUGGUUCCAGCAGACCUCAAACCAGAAGCUGGAGCUCAGCAACCCAUCCGCUCACAGACUUAAAAACAAAACAAAAAAUCUUUGGAACCCAACAUAUGGAUCAUGGGUGCUAGAGAAUAUCUGUCACUUCAGCCCCAGCUCCAAGCUCCAAGCAAAUCCAGAGCGGGAAGAUUCAGGCUUUGAUGGGAAUUGCAGUUCUCCUAGCUCUCGGGCAUCUCCAGCAUCUCCAAGUCAAAGUAACUGCCCUCACCUGGACAUCAGUGGGAUUGAACUGGUGAAACUCCAGACUUUUCCCUGUGGCAAUGUAAAUUAUGCUUAUGAUGACCUGUGCUAUAGUGCCGAGCACCAGCCAUCAGCCUUGGCAGAGGUCAGAGCAGCUGUGCUAAGGAGUUCCAGUCUGCACAGAGAUGAUAAGCCUUUUUGUAAAAAAGAGAAAACAUCAAGAGAGAGAGACUCUGGUCUGUCUUUGUCAGAUGAUCUGAGUGUUACUCCAGUAUAGUAGAAAAGUAUCUUCCAAAGAUCAGGGAAUGUGUGUGUCUGGAAGGACUGCUUCCUGUUCACUAACUCCCUCCGCUUUAGUUCCAUCAGAUGGGUGAAGCUUCAACAUCAGCAAUGUUCUGCUUCCUCUGUCUACCUGCUGGAUCCCACAUCAUUAAAGACACUGGCAUUUCUAUCUCUGUCCUUCAAAUGCAUCCCACUGAACCAGCUUAGAAGUGGAGAACAAUGGCAUUGUUUGUCUGAUUCAGAAUACAGUUCCUAAGGAAAGAACUCCUUUUCAAUCUGCUCAGGUGAUAAGAAAUGGACCUACCAUCCAGCUGCAGUAUUUGGAUGGAAAUAAUGACCAACACAGGUUGUGCUUCUUUCUGAACCAAGAAUCUAAAAAUGUGUGCUGUGCCAGCAGCAACCAACUUGCAAAGGCUGCUACAUUCUUGAGAGCUUUUUACAGUCCUGGUGAAUUACUAAUGCUUAUGCACUAUAAGGGAAGUAAAAAAAAAUAGCAGCCACAUUUGCAUCUGUUUUAUUAGUAGAACUUGUGGAAGCUAUAGCUCAAAUUGGAAGCAGUAGGAAGAAUGAAAAAAAAAAAUCAGGCUCCUUUGAGCAUGUGCUUUGUAAACAAGCAAUGAAGAGGACAACAUUUACCAUUAAAAAUGCAGUAGCUGGUGGAGCUGAUAACAUUCCUUUGAGUAGUGAAGGAAAUGUGCUGCUUGCCUCACGGUGUUGCUUUCCUCACAGCUCCUAGCAUUGAAGGGGCAGGUGUUUUUUCAAGGAAGGGUGAGCUGCAUGGUGUGAUGAGAAAUGGACUGUCUUUAUCUUUGAAUGGACUUUACUUAAAAUGAACUUCACUUUUGUAAGUGCUUUGAUAUUCAGCAUUAAUUCUCUAUGCUGUGUUGGUAAGAACUUAGCUGAAGUUCUUGGGUAACUAUCUAGCAUUUGGUAUGAUGCUUGGGCUCUUGGUUUUAAAACUCUGAGGUAGAAAGUAAUGUAAAGGAGAGGAAUAGUGAAGGGAAAUCUAAUGCAAACCCUACUUAGGCAGUUCUUUCUACAGGAAAGAACAGCUCAACCAUUUGAGAAAGCUAAAGCCAUGACUUGGCUUCAUACAGCUGAGCAGGUGGUAAUUGUUCCUUGCCUUGCAAGUGCAGACUUGCUUAUAAAGGUAGUCAUUUGUUUCCAAGACAGCUCAUUUCUAAGGCUUUCUUCAGUUGUUUAGGAUCUAAAUUCAUGUUUAUGGAUUAAAGCUGCAAAAUAAGGAGACUGAAAAGGCAAAUAAUUCGGAUUAAGUCUGAAUAGUCCUGGAAGCAUUCUGUUCUUGUACCACUCCUGAAUGUCACACCUACCGUGUGACCUACAGCGGCAAAUUACAUGCUCUUUGUGUGUAAUCAAGUUGUGCAGUUGCAGACUUCUCCAGUUCCUUUCUGAGGCAAGAGGUACAGUCUGAAGGUGCAGGCUAGCAGGUGAUGGCUUGCUUUGACCACAGACUUCCUGUCCUUUACAUCAGUCAGGGUGGACACUACUGAGCUGUGGUAAAGAAAAUCAGAGUGAAGAGCCUGAAUCCAUCCUCAGUGAAAGGUAUCUUCACCACAGGUUUAUGCUUUAUUGGUCUGACUUUCUAUCUGUUCCACGCUUUGUAUAGUUUUAGGCCUUUGACUUUAGAAUGGACAGUUUUAUACAAUGUCAAUUCAGAGCAUACAAAUAUCUUGAGAGCAGGUUUCAAGAGGAUGGGAGCAGACUCAAUUCAGUGGUACCCAGCAACAGGACAAGGGACAACAGGCACAAACUGAAACAUAGGACAUUCUACCUGAGUAUGAGAAAAAAAGCUUGUUUACUUUGAGGGUGGCAGAGCACUGAAACAGGACCCACCCAGACACAAUCCUGUGCAACCUGCUGCAGGAGAACCUACUUGAGCAGGGAGGUUGGACUAGAUGAUCUUUGGAGGUCCAUUUUCACACCAAUCCUAUGAUUUCCAGACAUAAAGGGUGAUGGUCACCAUGCAGCAAAGACCCAUAUGGUGUGGAAAUAAUUCUAAAUCCGAGGUGUUGUAAAAUGACAGAUCAUCAGAAGAGCGGGGUCCUUCUGUGUGGGGCAAAUUUCAGUAGAAGUGUGGGGACUCAUGGGUUUAGUGACCAAGGGAGAUGAAUGACCUUACCUCAUGCCCUUCUUCCCAUUUCACCUUUGCUUUAGCUCUCUAGCUUCUCUCACAUUUAGUUCAUUGCCUGUCCUGUCUUAUAUCCAGGAGUUGCUACAGCCCAGUUAGAUGAGGAAGAAGAGCCCAUUUAGCAGAAAACUUUGUCAUUCUUUCCUCUUGCAAAGGCUAACAUUUCAGACUGGCCACCUCUGGACCAUGCUAGUCAAAAAUAAAUGCAUUUACUUUUAACUAAUUGGAAUUUCAUCACUUUGUCCUUACCUUUCAGAUUGUAUUACUUUUAUGGUUCAUAUAUUAGUAGGAUUGUCCCCCCAAAAGAUGACCCAUCAAACUUUCCAGUAGUUGUGACUUGGUGCCAGUAACUUAGCCCCUUCCCCCCUGAACAUGAGAUAAUGCCACAGCAGAGUGCAGUGAUGCUGGUUGAGCUGCAGUGGACGUGAUGCCAGCUCACUCUUCAGCCCUUGUCUGUCCUGAGCAGAGCACUGGUGGUCAUGGCCAUGCUUUUGCAGGCCCAUUAUGACUCUGCUUUCAAUUCUCCUUAGCCAUUAGCAGGGGCUAGAAACUGAUGGCAAUAGGAGUGAAAUACUGGCUUGUUCAGAAGCCAUGGGAAAUUAACUAUAUUACUUUCUCUUCCCAGAGACUUUUAAUGAAAUAGCAGACAGAAGACAGUUCUUCAUAUUUUUAAAUUACUAUAAAAUACCCCAAGAUUCCAGUGAGAAGCAGGCAUGAUCUCUACUGUCCAGAUAGUUACCCAGCUUGAGCUACCACUGUUUGCCCUGUCAAGCACUUACCUCAACAUAACUCAGAAAUUAAAAAAGGCCAGUAGUGAUAAAACCAGGGAAGCUAUUGAAAAGUGAAGUGAGAGGAGAGCACAGUUCUAUUACCAGUGCCAGGGGCAGUCUUGGCUGCAGCUAUGCCUUCAUUUUAUAAAUAAAGUGCAAGUCCAGCACAUCGGACAAAUACCUGAUUUUACUGAAUAGCUGCAUCAAGAUACUCAUUUACAGGGAGCACACAGACAAAGCUGCACUGGGACUGAACAGAAUUCUAUCCUGACCAGGAUCUUAUCCCUAAGAGUGAUCAAAAGUGGGAUGUUGAAGAGCAACUGUCAGAGUAGAGUAAGCAUAUAUUGAUUAUUUCUUUCCAAAACAGACUCUGAUGGUAUACAAGAGCUCAGGGCUGCACUGAGCCAGAUGCAGUCUUUACUAAAAAGACAAGACAUGGAGAUGCAGGUACCAAAUGGGCACUAAAAGAAAGAGCUGGUAAUUUUAAAAGAAUCUGCAUUAGCAGCCUCAAUGCUCUUAACUCUCCCACAUGGAAUGAUCUUCUGUCAGCAUAUGCCAUGAAUCUUUGACCUGUAACAAUCUUUUUUUAGAUGCUGUUUAAAAACCUUCACAGAUAACGAAUUUUUAAAUAAUUUCCUGGAGGAAAUAAUUUUAAUAUUGGUCUUGUUGUGAAAUUGAAUACUACAUGCUCUACAAACCACUUUAUCUCAAAAGAAAAAAAUAACAAUGGCAAUGAUACACACUACAACCUCCAGUCCUUCAGUUCUGAGACUGAAACUUACAAUUUUGUUUGUACAAUCAAAGAUUUCAUAGUGCUCAACUGCUAGCAUUGCAAAACGUAACUUGUAUGAAACUGCUUUUUAUUAUUUUUAGUGCAUCACCAACAAGUUAAACCCAUAGUGUCAAAAUUAGAUUAAUUUGGAAACUGGAAGCCAAAACCUAAUUUUGUUUCCUAGAGGAAUGACAUCACAUGGAGAUCUGGGAUUAAUUCGGUCCUAUAAUCCAUGUGAAGUCCUAUUUCCCUACUGCAGAAUCAGCCAUUUAUAGGGUUGUUAUAAAUUGCUCUUCCUGAUAAGUGUCUGUCUUUUAACAUUGCCAAAUUGUUUUGUAAUUGUAUAUAUAUAGUUGUUUUUUUGACUGUGUUUAGCAUUAAUACUUUAUGUUGCUUCACACAACCUCAUACUUACAUUUUAAAGAAGGGACUGAUUAACAGAAGAUGACACAAUAAUGGAAAUUUCUAUUUGUCUUUCUCUGCUUUUUCACAUUUGUUGAUAGUCCUGCUUCUCAUUUCUUUGUAAUCCUUGCUCUCCUCAAUAUAAACACUUUACAUCUUCAUUUUUCCCUUUAAACUAACCGAAUGUUUAAUUGCAGAUUUAAGGUGUUCCCCCCCUCAUAUUAACCCUUUUCCUGAGCUAAGUUCUCAGUUAAUUUGCCCAUGGGCUGGUGUGCAUGAAGAAAGCUCUCCAAGGGUGCUAAAAUAGUUAUGGGCUUUUGCAAGUGUAACUUCACCUUCAAGACACUCUCCCGACUUUCCUGAAAGAGAAGAAAUUUCUGCUGCUGGGAAUACUUUUUCCCCCACUGUAUUUGCAUCUCCACAGCUGGUCAGAAAGGGACCAGACUUCCUUAGACCCUUGAGCUGAGACAGUUUCUCCUGUAGGGAUGGCUGUGCUCUCUCCUCCUGGCUGUCUACCCUUCCCAAUGCCAUGCACAGGCCUUCGUGAUACCAUGCCUAACAUCUUCCCACCACAACACACAAAGGGAAAAGUGACAUGAAUAGGUUUUGGUUUGUCAUCACCUCAGACCAAGGCAGCACUUCUGCCAACUUACCUUGCUGGGUGACUAUUGUACAUAAGUAGAUGACAAGCCUGCUUCUAUGCAAUUUAAAGCUAGACAAGUGUAUACUUCUAUAUUUGCAACACAAAAUAAAGAGACACUAAUGGUGGA